AUGAAACGUGUAACUGAACCUGUUCGUAAGAGCCUGCUGGACGUCAUCAGGAAAAAUCUUCGUGCUGCUGGUAAGGUUUCAUAUAUAACGCGCGUUGUGUAUGUUGGAGCAUAUAUUGGUACAGAUACGAGUAUAGAAAAGAAAAUGAAAUCUAUAAUACAGGACUUGCAAGCAGAUUAUAUGAAUAAUUCCAUUAGUGGAUUAUUUCUGAUUUAUCCGGAUUAUUACGUUCACGCAUUAGAGGCGCCAGAAGAUAUAAUUUAUAGGCAUUUCAAAGUAUUGUACAAUAACCAAACAGAGGAUUGUAAAAUAGGAAAAGCAAUUUUUCUUCCAACUUAUCAUCAUGUCCAUCAAAGAUUUUUUACGGGGUGGUACCACGCGUAUAUAAUACCACCUACUUUAAUACAGCCGUUAAAAUCAUACGAAUUGGAUGAUAUCCAACAGCAAAUGUUAAACUGUUUCAAUAAAGUAUAUAUGUUGUGUGAUCAUAUCUCAAACACACAUCACGAUCGCUCAGUUUCGAUACAGGAAGUUAUAAGAUCGUUGAGUGACAAACUUACACGACUUUAUCCCGAGAGUACGUUGUUAGAAUAUUUAUUGAAUGCAGAAAGCCCUGUGAUUUUAACUGUUGAAGAGUAUUUGAACAUAUAUUCCACAGUUCCAUUCAUUAACCUUUAUUCAGGUAAUAACAUCAUUUGUAUUAAUUGUCUGUUGAUAAUUUACGAGUAAAAUUUUUAUAUAUAGUAUAAAUUUCUAGCAAAGUUUUAUUAACAGAAAGAAGAAGGAUUGAUUGAAUAAAAACGAUUAUUUAUUUCAGAGUAUUUACAAUAUCAAAAAAACGUCUCUUUUUAUGGGGUACAUGAAAUUUGUGUCGGAUAUCGCUAAACUAAUUACAUAUACAAACUUCAUUCAAAUGGUUUCACUUUUUUUUUCUUUUGGUUUUCCUUCGCGAAAGCAGCUGGUCAGACUCAAUCGUUAAAGAUGUACAGGCGAUAUACGGCUGAAACGGUGCUUUCAUUUACUUUUAUUAGUUUAAAAAGAUUUCUUUGGCUCUUAUCCCUGGCUACUAUAAGAUACAUAGUAACGAAGCAAAUUGGUGUGUAAACGCUGGUCGGUAUUAUUGGAUAUUUUGUGGUCAUCACGCGAAUUCCAAUAAACAUUUCUCUGUGGAAACGCAAUCAAAUUUUCAUACAUUAACUAACAAAUAAUACGCAAAUUUCUCAUUUUAAACGGGAUAUCCUACCGUUUUAACAGGUAUAAAGUAACACACAACGUGUAAUAUAGCAUCUCUUAGAUCGUUUAUAAUAUAUUCAUUAUUCGUGGAAGAAAAUGGAAUAUGAUUCGCGGUGUAGAAAAGUAGAUGGUAUCUCGUACAAAGCUUCCGAGGUAAAGAUUUUUUACGCUAGAUGUUGUUUAACCCAUUCACUGCCAACUACGAGAUAUCUCGUACCUUGCGCUACAAAUUUAGAUUGAUUGCAAUUGGUGACGGUCUAAAUUUGAGUUUGGAAUUUGAGUUUGGAAACGAAAAUUUUAUAUAAUAAUAUUUUAUACAUAAUAAUAUUUAUAUAAUAAUAUAUAGAUUUUAUGAAAUUUCAUGUUUUCUUGAAAAUAAAAUCUUGGCGCUCAGGAUAACAUGCUCUAAAUUUGCCCGGCAGUGAAUGGCUUACAAACUUGUUGAUUAUUCGUAAAAUUUACCAAAUACACCUGGACUCAAAUCGAAAGUUCCUUUAAGUGCACGUGUACCUACUUGAAUUUUUACGAUCGAUUUCCUCAAAAAUUCAAAGUCAUUAAUUGGUCUUUGCUCGAGAUAUCAUUUCUUUUUGGAUUCUACUGCCGGCGAAUUACUUCCCAUCCUGUAUAACACAGUUAAGCGCAAAUCAACAAGAGAACCGUAUUUCAUAACUCGAAUAUUCAUUUCUCAUCACAUUUCGAUUCCUACAAACGAAAGCAAGUGUUUGCCAUUUACAAAUAACACAACGAAUUAAUAGCCGAAACAAAGAUCAGGUUUUUAAACGAAUGAUAUAUGUAUUACACAGUCAUUUCGAGGGAGCUACUUUUCCAACGAGUCUCGACGAUUUAUACAAUUUACAUACACGAGGACCACAAGAUGUUUCGCAUACUGACCAAAUGAUUCUGCGCUAGAAGAGCAGCCUCGCGCAAUACCAAGAAACGCCUUUAAUAUCCAGAAUGACGACGAUUAUCUUGCAGAUACCAUCUGGCCGGCGCCUCGUGACUUGAUGUUCUGUACCGGGUUCGAGAAGGAGGAUCGUAAUAGUAUUGAUUCGACGAACCAAAGACGUUAUACACGCAGGAAUACGUUACGUUAAAAAUUUGCAAAACUUCAUUUGGUUAAUUUGGUUAUCGACUUGGAAUGCCUGUUUUCCGAGCAACGCAGCAUACAUGUUGGUCGACCUUAAAAAAGAAAAAUGAAAAGGGGAACUAAAAGCGAUUUGUUUCCGCUAUAGUAAUGCGUUUUCUCGAAUAAUAGAACAUGAUGGUGAAAAGAAAUCCCAGUCGAUACCGAUACCGUCCGGUUUAGACCGUUUCGUCGAUACAAUUACAGAGAAUUGUACUCGAAUAAAUUAUCAAAAGAUUUAUUGGCA